UAUAAGUACCCCUCUAACACAAACGCACCUUGUUCUUCUCAUUUGCUAAUUUUCUUCCCCAUAUCGUAGAUCUACGAUAGCACCUUUCAGCUACGGUUAAGCUGGUUAGUGUGGUAAGAUGGGAGGUGGAUUUAGAGUUCUUCACUUAGUUAGGCCGUUUCUCUCGUUUCUUCCUGAAGUUCAGACUGCUGACCGGAAAGUGCCAUUUAGAGAGAAGGUCAUAUAUACUGUGAUCUCUCUUUUCAUUUUCCUGGUUUGUAGUCAGCUUCCUCUGUAUGGAAUACACUCAACUACAGGUGCAGAUCCAUUCUAUUGGAUGCGUGUUAUCCUUGCCUCAAACCGUGGAACUGUCAUGGAGCUUGGAAUCACUCCCAUUGUGACUUCUGGGCUAGUUAUGCAACUUCUGGCUGGAUCAAAGAUCAUUGAAGUGGAUAACAAUGUACGAGAGGAUCGGGCCCUAUUAAAUGGAGCGCAGAAGCUACUUGGUAUUUUGAUAGCUCUUGGAGAGGCGGUUGCCUAUGUUCUUUCAGGUAUGUAUGGUAGUGUGGGCCAACUUGGAGUAGGAAAUGCCAUCCUCAUCAUCACCCAGCUCUGUUUUGCGGGUAUAAUUGUGAUAUGUUUGGAUGAGCUUCUUCAAAAAGGAUAUGGUCUGGGGUCUGGAAUUUCCCUAUUCAUAGCAACUAAUAUCUGUGAAAACAUCAUAUGGAAGGCAUUUAGUCCCACCACCAUUAAUAGUGGACGCGGAGCCGAAUUUGAAGGUGCUGUUAUUGCUCUGUUCCAUUUGUUGAUAACUAGAACAGACAAGGUUCGCGCUCUUCGGGAGGCAUUUUAUCGGCAGAAUCUUCCCAAUGUGACAAAUUUGCUUGCCACUGUCUUGAUCUUCCUAAUCGUGAUAUACUUCCAAGGUUUCCGUGUGGUCUUGCCUGUAAGAUCAAAGAAUGCUCGUGGACAACAGGGAUCAUAUCCAAUCAAGCUGUUUUAUACCUCUAACAUGCCCAUCAUUCUUCAGUCUGCCCUUGUUUCCAACCUCUACUUCAUCUCCCAGCUACUCCACCGGAAGUACAGCGGGAACUUCUUUGUAAAUCUGUUGGGAAAAUGGAAGGAAUCUGAAUAUGGAGGUGGUCAGUCUAUUCCUGUUGGCGGUAUUGCAUACUAUGUAACUGCCCCAUCCAGCUUAGCUGAUAUGGCAGCCAAUCCUUUCCAUGCUUUGUUCUAUCUUGUGUUUAUGCUGACAGCCUGUGCCUUGUUCUCUAAAACUUGGAUUGAAGUCUCUGGUUCAUCUGCUAAAGAUGUUGCCAAGCAGCUGAAGGAACAACAAAUGGUAAUGCCUGGACACCGUGAGUCAAACUUGCAGAAAGAACUGAAUCGAUACAUUCCCACCGCCGCAGCAUUUGGAGGCAUGUGUAUUGGUGCUUUGACAGUGUUGGCAGAUUUUAUGGGGGCCAUUGGUUCAGGGACAGGUAUAUUACUUGCAGUAACGAUCAUCUAUCAGUACUUUGAGACAUUUGAGAAGGAGAGAGCUAGCGAGCUUGGCUUCUUUGGCUUCUAGGUUCUGCCAAGCAAAUAAUGUUGGUGACGCCAAUGAGCUCUCCCGCACAUCCUUUUAGGGAUCGAUGUACUUCUAGGUCGUUUAACACCGUCAGGAAAGACAUAGAGCAGUUUAUUGGUCUUUUUUUUCAACUGAGGAAGUAUGAAGUAGUAUAUCAUUGUAAACAUUUUUGGAUUUCCUCGAAAUAUACAUUUUGUCUUCAUAAUUGAAUUUAUGAAAGUCUGACCAGUUUUAAAAGUGAAUCUUAAAUUUAUCAGUUUUGUUAU